UGAUACACGAAGGUUUAUUCAGAAAGUUUUUAAAUUGUUAAAUAAAGAAAUAAUCUAGUGAUUCAUUACAUACAAUGAAUAACUUUGACCGAAGUAAUAAAGUAACUGGAGUGUACUGGUUGAAAUCACCUAUAGAAAAUAUUACUAUAAAGAUAAGACUAAAACCUCAUGAAGGUAUUAAAACAUUACCCAAGUUCGAGACAUAUAAAAAUGACUCAAAUAACACCAUCCAGCAAGUAGAAAAUAAUAAAAUAGAAGAACAUGAAUUUAAAUGGCAAGAGAAAGCAUUCAGUUUGCAUGAAAUACAGCGCUACAGUGACAUACACAACUGUAUUUCAGAAAAUGAAUUAUCCUACCAUGAUAUGUUAGAAGAAACAGAUUACCAACCUGACAAAAUAUUUACAUUCAUUCAUUACGAUUACCAUUUACCAAUGCCGGUAAAUAAAAUAAAAAAACCAAGUUCUGAUAUUCUAAAUUUGAAUUUUUGUCUGGAAAAAUUAAAUUUGAGUGAAAAAGUAUUUAGAGAAGAUACAAGCUCUAUGGCACAUUUGUUUAGAAGUGAGGAAAAUAUUGCCAGUGAGGAAAAAUGGACUUCCAUGCAUGUGAUGUAUGACAACUCGGAAUAUAAUGAAGACUCUCAACUGCUUCUAAAACAAGAGAUCACCCUCCUAUCUCUCUACCACAACAUAUCCCAGAACUACCUGAUUGUGUCACCCGAUGUGAACAGCCUGGACUUGAACCCGUACCAGCUGGAGCCGGGGUAUGACUAUGCUAUUGAUGUGGAGUUUGAAAGGGUGGAUGGAGAGGAAUUACUAGUACUGUUAAAAAACCUAACCAAGAAAUGGGAAAAGCGGCACAAGCAAUUGUUGAAGUUUGACAUGCCCCCACUCGGCAGGAGACACCACUAUGUCACCGUGGAGAUCCUUUCGGCAACAGACUUUGAUUUGGAUAACUUGUAUGUGGAAUACCAUAUCAAGGUGCCUGAAGGGCUGCAAUGUUCAGACGCACUGCACGGAAGAACGCACAUUUCCAAGUCUAACACUAAUGAUAGUGAAGAGAAUUAUUGGAGUUUCGGACAUUUGUUGGAAUUCACUUUAGCUGGCCCGUUGAAUACAGAAACACCACCUCUAAAAAUCUUCUUCGAAAUCAUCUCCACCGACUGGUGGGGUCGCCAACGCACCGAAGGCUACAGCUAUCUCCCUCUAACACUGCAGCCUGGCUAUUAUAAUAGGCAUCUGUCCUGCUCUCGCCCCGAGGAGUUAAACCAUGUUGCCGCUGAGAGCAGGAGGUUUUUUGUAGGGGGGUGCCAUUUGAUUAGGGAUUUGGAGGUGCUGGCUAAACCUCAGUUGCAGGACGCAAACUUCAAAUUCACCACAACCGGCACCCUCUCCGUCCGCUGGUCCACCAUCACCCAGUCUCCUCUCCCAGAGUUCAAAACUGCCCCCAGCCAAGUUUCCCACGCGUCGGCGUUAUUGAGAGGGGCCGAGGCGGUGUUGAGGCAGUAUAAAAGAGCGAGGGCUAGAUUAGCAGAGGCUACUAGAGAUUUAAAUGGUGUUCAGGAGACUACAUUUGGCUCUGAUGAUGAUUAAAUAACGUAGUUAUUGAAUGUAUGUAUAAUAUAAGGUCACUUGUAAGACUGAGUCAAAAACAAUAUACAAAGACAUAAAAAGAUUUCAACAAAACUACAUUUCUCUGGCUCUAAGUAUCACCAAGAACUGCUAUAAACCUAGAGAAAGAUUUCUUGAAGAUACUGCUGUGUUUCAUCAAGAAAUAAAUACUUAAUAGAGAAGAUUAGAUGGUCUCAUGAGGAAGGAUGAUUAGCUUCCUUUCUGAAUACUCUUACUUGGAAUAUUCUGCUGAAUUCUCCCAAUUUUGAAUACAUCAGUCUUCUCUACCCUGGUUUAAAACAGCCCCCAAUCAAGUUUCUUACGCGUCGGUUUUCAAAAACACUUAUCCAGUUUAAAACAGCGCCUAAACAAGUUUCCCACGCGUCGGAGUUAUUAAGAGGGGCCGAGGCGGUGUUGAGGUAGUAUAAAAGAGCGAGGUCUAGAUUAGCAGACGCUACUAGAAAUAAAUUGGGUUUAAGUCAGACCCAGUCUGGAUUUGGGUCUGAUGAUGAUUAAACAAAAACAUUGGGGUUAAAAAGGGGAGUGGUAGUUUUUAAGCGGACUAUUAUCCACAGUCUUAUCUAAAUUUUAUAAUGAGAAACCUAGUCACUGUAUUUAAGGUUUAUUACGUAAUAUUUUUACUUAUGCUAGUGACAAAACAAAAUAAAAUUGAGAACGAUAAAAUGUUU